AUGGUCCUCGGCUGGCUGCUGCUUCUGGUGAUGGCUCUGCCCCCAGGCACAACGGGCACCAAGGACUGCGUCUUCUGUGAGCUGACCGACUCCACGAUCUGUCCCGGCAUGCACAUGCGCUGUGGCGAUGACGAGGACUGCUUCACGGGCCAUGGGGUGGCCCCCGGCGUCAGCCCCAUCACCAACAAAGGCUGCGUGCCGGCCACCUCGUGUGGCCGCGAGGAGCCCGUCAGCUACAUGGGCAUCACCUACAGCCUCACCACCAACUGCUGCACCGGCCACCUGUGUAAUGGGGCCCCCCACCCCACAGGCGGCCGGAUGGCAGGGGCCACCACCAGCCUGGCGCUGGGCGCGCUGCAAUUGCUCCGACAUUUGCUGUGA